AAUGAUGAGCGUUGCAACUUUCACCGCUUGUUUUAAGAAAGUUGCGGUUAGGAAUGGUUUCACAAAACUGUAUAAGUGCUGCCACUUUCACUACUCAAAAAGCCAAAGUCGAUGAGUUAAUGAAUGUGGAGAUAACAAAAGGAGACUUAUGGUAUAUCCUGUCUCUUAACUGGUGGACGAAAUGGGAAGAAUUUGUGGAUUCGGUUUCCAAAAGUGGAAUAGUGGACGAAACCUCUGAAGAGUAUCCAGGAAAAGUUGAUAACAGUGAUAUUUUAUGCGAUGGAAAAUUAAAAGAAAACUUGCUCUUAGAAAAUGACAUCACAUUAAUACCUAGGAAUGUGUGGAAGCUGUUUGUUGAUUUUUAUGGUUGUACACAUACAGACAUUUCUGUCUUCGAACGGCGUGCCAUCCAAGCACCAAAGUCAGCUGAAAUCGAAAUAUAUCCACCCCACUACUCAUUCUACCUCAAUCCCUCAAACUCAAGUGCCACUUUGCUGUUUGAAGGGACAUACUGCAAAUUUCAGACAAUAAGAGAACUUAAAGCGAUAGUCGCACAACACCUUAAAGCAGCACCUGGCGUGAAUGUCCACUUAUCAAUACACAAUGAACAAAACGAAUUUGAAGAACUGGAAGAUGAAGAUGCUACCAUAGAAGAAGCUAAUCUGGAGCGUGAAAAAGUCAUUUUUGUUCAGCUGGAACCUAGAAAUGGAAUACGCAGUGACGUAUGCGUAAAUAGUUCACGUUUGAAGUCGAAUGACUCUAUAGGAUCUCAACCUGAAUCCCAGAUGCUAUCUUUACAUGGAUCAGGUCCACCUUUAGUACCAGGAGUUUGUGGUCUUAAUAACUUGGGAAAUACAUGUUUUAUGAAUAGUGCUCUUCAGUGUAUGUCCAAUGUUCCUGCAUUAACCAGUUACUUCCUAAGUGGCAAAUGGAAGUCCGAACUAAAUAUACGUAAUCCACUUGGAUCUCAAGGAAGAAUUGCUACUGCUUACGCAGAUCUCAUUAAGCAGCUCUGGUCGGGGACGCGAGCAUAUGCUGUGCCUCGUGAGUUUAAGAUUGAAAUUGCACGUAUUGCUCGUCAAUUUUCUGGAUAUGCUCAACAUGACACUCAUGAACUACUUGUAUUCUUAUUGGAUGGACUUCAUGAGGACUUAAAUAGAAUACACUCCAAGCCUUAUAUUGAAGUGAAAGAUUCCGAUGGUAGACCGGAUAUUGAGGUUGCAAAUGAAGCCUGGGAAUAUUACAAGUCAAGAAAUGAUUCUAUAAUUGUAGAUCUUUUUCAUGGACAGCUGAAGUCCACCGUGAUUUGUCCUACUUGCCAACGUAAAUCAGUCACUUUUGAUCCAUUUGCUUCAUUAAUUCUGCCUAUACAAGAAGUAUACAAAUAUACUGUACGCGUUUAUGUUUGGCCGUGGAAGUCCAAUAAAUCCCAACUUCUUCUAUUAGAGUUAACACUUUCCACAAUACCUUGUGGUCAAAAUAUUAUUGAGGCAUUAGAACAAGAGCGUCCACCUCUUCCAGGUUGUCAGUAUUAUAUACCAAACAAAUCUGUAGAUCGUUCAAGGUAUGCCUCCCUGAUUGCUUAUGAACUGACUGAAGGUUUCCCGAUUCCUGUACUCUGGACAAACGACAAUAUUGCCCAAGGUAUCAACUUCCCUAUCUAUAUUAGUUUACCAAUAAAUGAUGAUGUUAAAGGGAUGACCAUUACCGUCUCGGAAGAUAUACUGAUCAAACACAUUAUCGACCGUUUGCAUGCUAUUGGUAUAACUAGUGAACUGACUGUAUCUUCGGUCAGUGACGCAUCAAAGUUAGAGGAGGAAAAUGCAAAUAACUCAGUUGUUUCUUGUUCGCUAAGCGACUUUCAAAGUAAUCCCCAACCAGAUAAACCACAUACAACCUCAACCGAUCUUUUUGACCAGUCAAAACAAACUAUUGAAGCAACAACGGGCAAUUUAGCCUCAUUACUCAAAGGACGUUUAUGCUUAAAGGAUACGAGAGGGCAUGAUUGGUUAGCUGAAUCAGAAAAUACUUUAAUAUCUCUCCCUUGUUCUGACGCUUAUAGUAUCAUUUUGGACUGUCAAAGUUUAGAAAUACGACGUAGACUCAAUGACAUUCGAAGUCACAUACAACAACAUCCUGUUACGCGACUUAAUGAAACCCUAAAACUUUCAGAUUGUUUCGAACGUUUUACUGAUAUAGAACAAUUAGGUUCAAGAGAUCUGUGGUACUGUAGUCGUUGCAAAGCGGAAAAACCAGCUACAAAAAAAUUUGAUUUAUGGAAACUUCCUGAUGUUCUUGUAGUACAAUUAAAGCGUUUCCGAUCUCACUUACGAUUUCAUGAUAAAAUCGAUACUUUACUGGAAUUCCCACUAACUGGCUUAAAUUUGACUUCACGUGUACUUGAAAAGAAACCAGAUGAGAAAUUUAUCUAUGACUUAGUAGCUGUAAGCAAUCAUAUGGGAUAUUUGGGUGGAGGUCAUUAUACAGCAUUUGCUUUAAACGCUCACACUAAUCGAUGGUACUUUUUCGAUGAUUCUUCAACACGAGAAUGUGAUCCUUCCAAAAUUGUAGUAAGUGUUUUUUAAAGUUUUCGUUUCAAUUAACUUUUUUUGUUAUUGGUGUUCGUUUUAUUUCGACUAAUCUCCAGGUUUUUUUAUCUGCCUUAUAUGCACUAAAAAUAUCUGAUAUAAUACUUUAGACAUCAUUUUCUAGGGAUGAACCUCUUCAAUUCACUAAACAGUAAGACAAUACUACUCUUCACUUGAUAGUCUAGUACCAUGUAAACAAUAAAUUACGUUCGUUUUACGAAUGCUUCAACUUUUUUAUCUAUUUUAACACCAUUAGUCUACAAUAAGUACAGUUUAAUAUCGAGUAUGUAAGUUGUUUGAUCGGUUGUAUAUCUUUUCUUGUAGACUAGUGCAGCAUAUGUGUUAGUUUAUGUACGCCGCAAAGUUGGUUCUACGCAAAUAUGCAACACGAUCGACAGUGAUGAUGAAGAACAAGAAGAUUCUUCGUCUGAAACAGAUGAAAAUAGUCUUUCAAAUGGUGCUUUAUCUUCGCAUUAUAUAACUAAAGGUUGUGUGCAAAAUGGUCGCACUGGAAACGCAAACUCAUCUUUCAAUCUUCAGGAUCAAGAUCUAAUGGAUAUUGAAUAGACGUCUUUGUCUUUUCUUUUUAUAGUUUCACUUCCUUCCAACUUAUGCAGUUACUCUUUUUUUUAUGAGUUUAUGCAUGAUUUCAGUGUAUGUUAACUUGUUCAUUCUCGGUGAAUCAAGUAAAGUAAUGACAUUUAGACGUUUUUUCCGAACAAUAUCCCUGCCCCUUAUCUUAUUCUUGUUCUUCAGCUAACAUAUAAUUCUCUAUCUCUCCAGUUACUUCAGUUUUAAUUUUGGUCACAAAGAAAAUUGUUUACUAUGCAGUUUGCUUUUUGUCCCAAUGAAUGUAUAUUUACACCGCAGUAAAAUAAAUUCAAAUCGUUAUAUC